CUGCCCGCCCCGGGACCGCGAGUGGAACCCCGUGCCGGCCUCGCGUGCGCCUCGAGUGGGCCCGGCCUCGCCGCCCCAGCCGCCUGCCCGGCAUGGCCAACUGGGUGUUCUGUAACCGCUGCUUCCAGCCGCCCCGCAGGGCUUCGUGCUUCAGCCUCACCAACUGCGGGCACGUGUACUGCGACGCCUGCCUCGGCAAAGGUGAAAAGAACGAAUGCUUGAUUUGUAAAGUUCCUUGUCGUACGGUUUUACUUUCAAAACAUACUGACUCAGAUAUCCAGGCAUUCUUCAUGAGCAUAGACGGUCUGUGUAGGAAGUACUCCAGGGAGACCUCGAAGAUUUCAGAAUUUCAAGAAAAUCACAGGAAGAGAUUGUUAGCCUUCUACAGAGAAAAGAUUUCUAGGUUGGAAGAAUCCCUUAGGAAGUCAGUGCUGCAGAUAGAACAGCUGCAAAGUAUGAGAUCAUCACAACAAACAGCUUUCGGCACAAUAAAAAAUUCCGUUUCAACAAAGCCACACGGAUGCCUGCUGCUGCCACCGCACCCGUCACAGUCCGACAGAGUGGAGUCGAUGGACGUGGAUCUCUCUCCUUCUCCGAUUAGAAAGCGCGAGAUAGCAGCCGGCCCUGUGAGAAUCUCCGUGAUUAGUCCACCUCAAGAUGGACGCAUGGGCAGUGUCUCCUCCCGGGGCCCCGAGCAUCCCGGCCUGACACCGAGUCAGAGGAGCGUGGGAAAGCCUCUCAGGAUUCCACCUCUGCAAAUCCCCUACCAGGGACCAUCGCUAACACCAACACCACAGUUACCAAAUAGAGCGGGAAGAGGCAGCUCUCCGAGCUUCGGGGGCUCCCAGGCCGGGCUGCCCCCCAGGGCGCCCAUCAGCAUCUCCAGCCUGCUGCAGAGGCAGUGUUCAGUGUGAAGUCGGAAGUCCUUCCAAAGACAGAGCUGACGUGUUUUUAUUGUGACCCGAUGCCUCCUGCGGGACCCGCUCACCUGGGGGCAGUGAUGUGUGAGAGAUGAGCAGCCCGCCACCCGCUCUGCGACCUUCCUGCCCUCCAGCCCUCGCCCCACCAGCAUCUGCACCUGUCCUUUCUCUCUUGAUGAAAUAAUUAAUGUAGUUGAAUAAAGUAUCUUUCUGAUUAUCA